AACCGUGGUCAGUCAGUGCCCAGCACAGCCAUGAGGGCGUUGAAUGACUCUCGGUGAGCCUGAAGUCCACCCUCAUGUCACUGUGGCCAUCACAACACAACGCCAGCAGUGGCAUUGCAGCAUUGAUACGGCAGCGCCGCCUGGGACUGGGUGGCUGCUGUAGAGUGUGGGGAGGGGAGGGGAAGAUUAUAUUAAUAUGUAAGUCAUUUUAUCAAUAAAAUGUUGUCAUUGAGGUUGUGUAGUCUUUUAUUGCGUUUUCUGAUUUAUAUUAGAAUUGAUGCAUGUUUGUAACAAUAAUUAAUAUGCCUGUGUGUUCAAUUGCUAAUUGAUUCCUGUAUCAGGGUAAACUUCACUACAACAGAGAUGUGUAUAAAAGUACAGUCAGUCAAAGUAGGCCUAUUACUGUGUGAAUUCAAGCAGAUGAUGCCUAUCAUUUCAGUGGAUAAUUCUUAAAACUAAUUGGAAUCUAGGGACAAACAUGUACAGAUUUGUCAUGUUUUAUUUCCAUAUGGUGUGUAUGUGGAUUGCAAAGAAGAAGGCUACUUCUGACAAAGAUAAUUGAGAAUUUAGAAUACCAAGCUAGGAGAAUUUAAUUGCAACUACUACAUGAAGCUAUGCAUACUCAGAUGUGAUUACGUGGUACAGGGCUUAUCAUUAGCCCCGCCCCCAUUGUGGAGCAACUCAUCUUGUGAAAAAGAUCUGGCCUAUCACAGGAAGGAACCCUUUUCAUGAAAUGCCGCCCCUUGUAUGACUCAUCUGAGAUAAACCGGAGACAACAAGUUUCGUUUCUGUGGAAUCGAGAGAGAGAGCUUUACUCUGGUAGUCCAUUGAGGCCGAAUUGGAAAACUGCUGACUUCACACCCCGAAUGGCCGGAGUAGAAUCAUAAAACACUGGAUCUAACCGCCCAGCAGUGAACACACCGUCCAGACCACCAGGUCAGCAACGCCCGGAAUCGGUUAUCCGGGUUCAGUUAACCUGAUCGUCCGUCGAUGAUCAAGGCUGCGUCUCGUCGUUACCGCUGGAACCCGAUCGAGUAGCGAACUCGCUCGUCUACGUCAUCGUUUUUCAAAUGUGAACGUUUCUACGAGCGUUCUACGAACACAAUGGCUUCCAGAUGGGAGGAUCUCUCCUGCUCCGUCUGCCACGACGUGUUCAAGGACCCGGUGGUCCUGUCCUGUAGCCACAGCUUCUGUAGAGACUGUCUGAAGGGAUGGUGGAGAGAGCAGCAACGACAGGAGUGUCCCGUCUGCAGGAGGAGGUCCUUGAGGAGUAAACCAACUUGUAACCUGGUUUUAAAGAACCUGUGUGAGUCCUUCUUACUAGAGAGAGAGCAGAGAGCUUCCGGGUUGUUCUGCAGUCUGCACUCUGAGGAACUCAAACUCUUCUGUCUGGACCACCAGCAGCCGGUGUGUCUGGUCUGCAGAGAUUCAGAGAGACACACCAACCACAGAUUCAGACCCAUCGGUGAAGUUGCACAAGGUCUCAAAAAGGAGCUCCAGAAAUCUCUGAAGCCCUUAAAGGAGAAACUGAAGGUGUUGGAACAAGUCAAAGUGAAGUCUGACCUGACAGCAGAGCACAGGAAGGUCCAGGCCCGCCGAGCAGAGAGCCAGAUCAAGGAUCAGUUUAAGAAGCUUCACCGGUUUCUCGAGGAGGACGAGGAGGCCAGGUUGGCUGCACUGAGGGAGGAAGAGGAGCAGAAGAGUGGGGCGAUGAAGGAGAAGAUGGAGGCCCUGAGCAGAGAGAUCGCAGCUCUCUCAGACACAGUCCGAGCCACAGAGGACGAGCUGAGAGCCGAAGACGUCUCGUUCCUCAACGCCUACAAGGCUGCAGUGGAAAGAGUCCAGCGGCGCCCCCUGCUGGAGGAUCCACAGCUGCUCUCAGGAGCUCUGAUGGACGAGGCCCAACACCUGGGCAACCUGCCCUUCAACAUCUGGGACAGCAUGAAGGACCUGGUCUCCUACACUCCCGUGGUUCUGGACCCGAACACCGCUCAUCCAGAACUCGUCCUGUCUGCAGACCUGACCACCGUGAGACGAGGAGAGAGACAGAAGCUUCCGGAUAACCCAGAAAGGAUCGAUUCCUUUCUCUCUGCUCUUGGCUCCGAGGGGUUUAACUCAGGGACUCACAGCUGGGCCGUGGAGGUUCGAGACACUAAAUCGUGGUUUCUGGGUGUGGCAAACGAGUCCAUGGAGAGGAAACGGAGAGUCCGGUCUGGGAUAUGGACCGUCGGAUUCUCUAAUGGUAAAUAUAAAGCCUUCUCGCCGUCAACGCAAAAAAUCAUUGGUGGAUUCAAGAAGAACCCGGAGAGGAUCAGAGUCACGCUGCGCUGGAGGAGAGGAACGCUGUCUUUCUCGGACGCUGACACCAACACACACAUGUACACCUUCACCGACACCUUCACCGAGAGGAUGUUCCCGUACUUCACCAAUCACGAUGGAUUCCCAAUGACGAUUUUACCAACGGAGGAGGAGAAGGACGAUGUUGAUGAUGAAGAUGAUGAUGAAGAUGAAGAUGAUGAAGAUGACGAUGAUUACGACGAUAAUUACGACCGAUUAUACAAUUAGAGACGUCAAGGUCUUCAGAAGACGCUCUGUCAUUUUUCAUCCUGAUGUCAUCGUAUCGUAGCUGAACCCGAAAUGAAAAGUCGAUCACGGGAACCGAAAGAGACGGACGACUUUUCCACUCAUUUAAUAUGAUUUAAUCAGUCAGAUGUUUUUGCGACGCUAGAGAAACGUUGAAUCAAUGAUCUUCAGACUUUUGAAUUUAAACAAUAAAACAACAAUGCAAGCUGUAAACAAGUGACGGUGUUCUGGAUUAGCUGGCGACCACCACCUUUUUAAUAUAGGGAGGUUUUCUAAAGUUUCGUGUCACGAGCAGAUUAUACAGAAGUUUAACAUUAUUGGACUAUUUACAUGCAAGUUAAUCUAAAGUGUUUAAUCUGGCUCGGUUUCAAUGAUCAUCAUUUGAGAUCAUUUCAGUCACAUUUCAUGAACAUACUGUAAAUACACAAAUAAUGCCGUUGGCUGUGUUUUAUAGUUUAUAAUGAUCUUUAUUGUUGAGGCAGUGCUCAUGAUUUAGUCUAAUAUGAACAUUUAAAACCUUCAUAAUGUAUUCCAUAGCCUUUUUUAAUCUGUAACCUGCUGUGAUUGUUUUGUUUUUAAUCCUCUAUUAAACAACUUUAACUGGAA